AUGGAAGAAAACACCGCCUUUGUCGGACAAUCUCUACAGAGGUCGGUCCUCUCCCCUGAUGGACGGCUCCUGGCCGCCAUCUCAACGGAUCAGAAGAUCCAUCUGGUUGAUCUUGCUGCGGCAACAAAGGACCGCAAGGCCAUCACGGGCAUCAAAGUUCCUCAGUCUGCACGGACAUUUCUCAGGGAAUGCGCCAUAAUCCGCUGGUCCCCAGAAACUAUGUGGGUGUCGGGGAAGGAGGGAGAAGCCCUUUCGAAUACGACGUCCGAGUCUGAGUUGAGCCGAACGUGGCUCUUGCUCUCAGAUGGUGACCGUCUCAUUGCCUUGAGCGCAGAGCUGCGAUCCCCGAGAGUCAUGCGUAGUCUCGAGGACGAGCCCUCGACCCGAUCGAAUAUACUUACCGACUACAAGCUGGGGAAGCACUUUGGCAGGCUCACCCUCGCCGAAUUUGUCUUCAACCACCGACACGCACUUGUGUUCUUCGAAGCGGGAACCAAUGCUGCAAUACUGAGCAUGACGAAACCACAGCGAGAAGACAUACCACAUGUGAAAUUUUCGGACAGCCGGAGCCUGGCCAUGGCUCCUGACGCGCGGUACUUUUCCUUGCUUAGGCGAGACAGGGGGCAGGACAGAGUUACUGUGUUUGAGCUUGGUCAGAACAACGAGAUAACUUAUAAAUCGUUCGAUGCGAAUACAGCAGAUGCUCAGAGCAUGGUGUGGUGCCCGGCAGGUAGUCCGGUGAUAGCUGUUUGCGACUCGGCGACACAUGGUACAAAACUCUCCUUUUUCACAGCACAAGGUCAUCCUUUGAAACUACUCGACAUCACAUCCACCACAUUUGGUCCGAGCGUUGAGCCUGUAGAGGGCCUGGGUGUUACUCAUUGGCAAUGGAUUCGAACACAGGAGAAGGACGACAACAGAACAAUCCAAAUAGUAACGACUGCGCAGGCACAUGUCCUGAUCCGAUACCACACCAUAAACAGCAUGGUAGUCAAUACACUUGCGUCCUUCAGACACACGCACAUUGUCGACGGUGCCCACACGACUAUCUGGCAGGAAACUGUACAGCCGCACGACCCUUGUUCGCCGCUUUUCAUCCGACAAACCGGAACAUUCGAUGCGUUGAAGGAGAAGCAGAAUGAGACGACAAGACAAUUCACAUCCACCUUCACGUCUACACCUAACCCCACAAACUCAAACCCAAUCGACAUUACAUCUCUCAAUUGCGAUCAGACACUCCUAGCCACAAGAACCCGUUCAUUGCCUCACACGCUAUUUCUCUGGAAAUUGGAAGAUAUCACGCCCAACACUGGCGACGCUGCCCACCCACAUGUCGUCCUUCUUUUCUCUCACCCUAUCAAACAAGCCCUCUGGCAUCCACGACAACCAAACAUCCUCGUCAUUCUGACCACGAACAAGAGACCCAUGCUAUACGCCUGGACCAACGAAACCUUUAGCCCACCUAUCAGUGGAGCUAUGCCUUUUGAUAGCAAGCAUACCAUAUACAACAUUACGAAUACGAAUAUGAAUACAAGCACUAACUACUCCGCCUCCUGGCUGCUAGAAUGUACAAAGCAAGAAGAAAGGAGAGGACAUCGCGUUCCGAUUCUGUUAACCUCCAAGACGGCCUACGAGGCAGGCUACCUCUCUGACCAGGGGGGACAACUUGUUUUUGAGAGUAUAAUUACCCAACAGCCCCUAGGACCAUUGGAGACGAGCUCGCUGAGCGUGACGGAGGAGAUUGAUACGCCCAGCCGUAGGCCAGAAGGAUCGAGGAGCGCGAGGUCCGUUAUCGAACCGAACACGAGGACUGGUAAGGAGAAUCCUGAUUCUGCAGAGGCCGGUUCGAUGAAGGCGCAAUGGUAGGGGAGGGACCUUGGUAUCGUUGUAUUUGCAUGUCGUAGAAUUGCAUAAGUUUCAAUUACG